CACAACUAUCUACUUCUACUUCUAAUUCUAAUCAUCUCAUCUCAUCUCAUAAUGGAGGCUUCCUUCAGAUCCCUUUCAUUCCUUUCCCUUUUCCUUGCCUUUCUCUUUCUUCCUAACUUCUUCUUCUUCUGCACCGGACUUUCUGACCUUCGUUGCAUCGAUACCGAGCGACACGCCCUUCUCACCUUCAAGCAAGACCUUAUUGAUCCAUUAAAUCGACUCUCCUCUUGGACUGUUGAUGGGGAUUGCUGUCACUGGCUUGGUGUUGUCUGCCACAACCUUACUGGUCAUGUAGAUGAACUCCAUCUCAGAACCUCUUAUCCUGAAGGUGAUUUUGAAAAUGGAGAACAAUAUGAAGCUUAUCGGCGGACAAUGUUUGGUGGAUUUGUGGGACUCAUACCUCAUCAACUUGGAAAUCUCUCCAAUUUGCUCUAUCUCAAUCUCAAAAGUUCUAGUGUUUCUAGUUUAUAUGUGAAUAACCUUGAAUGGCUUUCUGGUCUUCCUUUGCUACAACAUCUCGAUAUGAGUUUUGUUAAUCUUAGCAAAGCCUCUGAUUGGCUACAACUCACAAACACACUCCCUUCCUAGUUUGACUUGCGGUUGUCAUUUUGCCUACUUCAUUCCAUUCCACCGACACCCACCGUUAACUUUUCAUCUCUAGUCACCCUCGAUCUUUCAAAGAACUAUUUUGAAAACACUUUGAUCCCAUCAUGGAUCUUUGGUCUUCGUAAUCUUGUUUCUCUUGAUCUAUCUUACAAUUAUUACUUUCAAGGUCCAAUCCUUGUUGAUCUCCAAAACAUGACUUCUCUUAGUCACCUCAAUCUAUCUGGAAACAAUUUCAACUCUUCAACUCCCAAUUGGUUGUAUAGAUUUAGUCGUCUUGAGUUUCUCAACCUUCGCUACAAUAAUUUGCAAGGUACAAUCUCCAGUGCCAUUGGAAACCUAACAUCUGCCAUUAGUAUUGACUUGUCAAGAAAUGAACUUGGAGGAAAGUUGCCAAGAUCGUUGGGUAAUCUCUGUAACUUAAGGGAAAUCAGAUUGUCAUGGAACAAAUGGAGUCAAGAGAUAUCUGAAAUCUUAGAAAGUUUAUCAGGGUGUCUUUCAGAUAGACUAGAGAUCUUAGACUUAAGUGAUUCUCAACUUCAUGGUCAUUUGACGGAUGAACUUGGGGUAUUUAAAAAUCUAGUCCAGCUUUUUUUUCAAAAUAAUUCAAUUUUAGGUCCACUUCUGGUGUCUUUAGGAAAUCUUUCAUCUCUAACAAUCCUGAAUCUUGGGCAUAAUCAAUUCAAAGGAACCCUCCCUCAAAAUUUAGGACAGCUUUCCAAACUUGAGGCUUUAUAUAUUUAUUCUAAUAUGUUGAAAGGUAUUGUGUCCGAAGUUCAUUUUGCCAAUUUAACAAGUUUGACGGUGCUUUCUGCAUUUGAAAACCAACUGACUUUAAAAGCAAGUCCACAUUGGAUUCCUCCUUUUCAGCUUGAGUCUUUAUUCUUGUGAUCAUGGAAUUUAGGGCCAAAAUUUCCCCCAUGGCUUUGUUCACAAAGGCGUAUGCUGUCUCUAGACAUUUCUUACACACAGAUUUCAGAUAUGGCUCCUCCUUCAUUUUGGAACUUGUCUUCACAGUUCCGAUAUCUAAAUCUCUCCCACAAUCUAAUCAAUGAAGAAAUUCCAAACAGUCCCGUGAUUUUGUUUGCUUUAGCGAUUGAUUUAAGUUCAAACCAUUUCAAAGGUCUGUUAUCUUGUAUAUCCUCGAAUGUGUAUGUGCUAGAUCUUUCUAACAAUUCAUUCUCCAGAUCUAUUUCUCACUUUUUUUUGUUUUAGAGUGAAUGAGACAAAAAACAUAGGACAUCUCAAUCUUGAAAAAAAUCUUUUAUCAGGAAUAAUACCUGAUUGUUUGAUGAAUUGGAACAACUUGGUGGUCUUGAAUUUGGGGAACAACAAUUUCAGUGGCAGUAUUCCAGCAUCCAUAGGAUCUUUGACUAACCUUAAUUCUUUGCACCUAUGCAACAACACAUUCUCUGGGAUAUUACCAUCAUCUUUGAAAAGUUGUGAAGAGUUGGUAAUUAUUGAUGUUGCUGAAAAUAGGUUUGCUGGAAACAUACCUUCAUGGAUUGGGCAUAGAUGUACAAGCUUGAUGGUUCUUAGCCUUCGCUCAAACUAUUUCCAUGGUCACAUACCAAAAGAACUAUGUGCUCUAACUUCACUCCAAAUAUUAGACCUUUCACAUAAUAAGCUAUCUGGAAGCAUACCUAGAUGUGUUAAAAAUUUUAGAGCCAUGGCCACAAAUAAUAUUUCAAAUGAGCACUUGAAUUCUUAUCGUGCUAGUAUUCGGUAUGGUGAAAUUCUCCCACUUGAAAGUGCAUUGCUAGUGAUAAAAGGGAGCAUUCGAGAGUAUAACACCAUUCUCCAACUGGUAAAAAGUAUAGACUUUUCCAAGAACAAUUUAUUAGGAGAGAUCCCCAAAGAAGUGACCAGUCUUCAAGAAUUACAAUCAUUGAAUUUGUCAUGUAAUUUCUUGAAUGGAAGUAUACCUAUGAAUAUAGGUACUAUGGUACUAUUGGAAUCUAUUGAUUUCUCUAUGAACCAUCUUUCAGGUAAAAUUCCCUCAAGCAUGUCAAGUUUGACAUUUUUAAGUCAUUUGAACUUGUCAAACAACAAUUUGUCGGGGAAAAUCCCUUUAAGUACUCAGCUACAAAGCCUCGCUGCAUCGAGUUUUAUUGGAAACAAUCUUUGUGGACCACCACUUAAGGACAAUUGUACUGUAAAUGGUGUAAAACCCAACUAUGAAAACACUACGAGUAAAGAUACUAAUGGACUUGAAGUGGAUUGGUUCUAUGUGAGCAUGGCACUUGGAUUUGUGGUUGGGUUUUGGGGUGUUUGUAGUUCUUUACUAUUGAACAAGCCAUGGAGAAUAAUGUACUUUCAAUUCCUAGAUCACUUAGGGUAUAAGCUUAAGAGUAUUGUUUCAUUGUAAGUAAAUGUUGUAAGAUUUCUAAUAUUUAGUGCAACUGUGAUUUGAUCGUGUUAAUCAAUAUUUUGAUGAUUACUAUAGAAUCUUUGUGUUAGUUAAUACUUAGAUUAUUAGUUAAAUUACUCCAUUGGCAUAUAUGAAUAUGGUGUGUCUUCCUAUGAAUGUCAAAGGCAAUCCGAUUUCUAGUUUCAUUUAAACCCUGUAGAUUAGAAGUGUAAAUAAAUUUUUGUUCAUACAAACAACUGAUUCAUUAAAUGCAGUAUACUAUAAUUUAAAAUGACAGCUAGUCUUUGUUUUGUGUACUUUGAAAAUAAAAGUUGAUAUAUUACCUCCAUAGAUGAACUAAGGGUUCGUCUAGCUAUAAUAGCUCUCUUUAAAAUCUCUUAGUGAUCAUUUUGUAACUCUAAACGAAAGACAUCAAGAUUGUGCAUGACUACGCAAGCUAUACAUGCUGUUUGUAACAAAUUCCAAGGCUAUCUGUUGGAUCUCUUCCAACUCAUUUCUAAGAAGGAAGCCUAGGCUGCAAAAGAGGGGGUCUCUAAAGUUUUCUUCUCCCCUGCCAAAUUUGGCCUUCGAUGUUUGAGGAGAAUAUUCUCAGAGUUAUUUUCUUUAAUCUCAAAGAAAAAAUUAAAAUUACC